CUCCCAAGGUAGUGUGCCUUGAGGACUGCAGCCUUAAGGAGUCCAGCCCGCUUCCCUUGCGUCCGUUCUCCCCAGACCGAAGGAGGAGGAGGACAGGCAUCCAGAGAACUCGAGUCAGUGUGCAAAAGGGCCCCCGUCGAGAGAAAGCCGCCCCUCAGUCGCCGGCCGGAGCCCUUUGCUUGUUGCGACAGAAGAAGGAGGCAGCUGCAGCCCGCAGGCUUCCAUAGCAACCGCCCGGGGACGGAGAGGAGGAAGCCGGGAGAGGCGCAGCCUCGGUUUGGCGUGGCGUCCAGUUGCUAAGGACGGAGUCGCGUCGCCGGAGACCUUCAACAGCAACCGCAGGAGCAGCAGCCAGAUAGGCGGCUGCAAGUUGGAGUUGGGCUGGAGGGGCCCGCUUAAUGCGGCUUCGCCGGCGGCGGCGGGCGAGGAGGAGCCGUGGUCGUUAAGGGCCUUAGUCAGCUGUGCGGCAAAGAUCGAAGCCUGCACCGAGAAGAAGAUUCCGCUCAAGCCCAGGCCCUGACCGGGGAGGACGUGAUAACAAAACUGGAGAGGAGGAGGAGGUGGUGGUGGUUUGGGUUUUUAAAAAUUUUAUUUUUAGAGACGGCCAACCCCAGCCCCUGCCUUUCCCCAGCGCACCUCUCCACCAUCCUUCAGAAAGUAGCCCUUUGAAAUGGAAAGUUAAAAAGACACGACCGGAGAGAGGGAGAGAAAGAGAGAGCGCAGGGCGGGCGGGGAGAACAAACAGACACCAUCAUCAUGUCCCACAAGUAACUCUUACAAUAAAAUAUGGGCAGAAGCCCAAGAAUCCCUCAAUGGUUUGUUACAAAAGGAGAUAGAAGGGAAAAGCCAAAAACCACUGAAAGAUCGCAUGGUAGUUUUUCAAAUGCUAGCUACUUUCUACAUCAAAUACGUACAGAUAUUUCGCAAUUUGGAGGCUGCUUAUGAUCAAAUAGUUCAUCCACAAAAGCGCUUAAUAAUUCGACAAAUGUUGGAUGGAGUGAUGGGCCGUAUCCUGGAGCUGAAAAAUGAAAUGGUGGAGCUGGAGUUCUCAGAAUUUCAUUACUUUGAUGAUGUUUUACAGGAUCUCAAGCUAGCUCCUGAAAACAUUGACAUUCCUAUACCAAGGUAUUUUAUCAAGGAGAAAGUGAAGGUGUUGAAAGAGAGAGAGAGAAUCCUUGCCCAGAUAUUGUUUGAAGCUGGAAUGUAUGAUGAACCUAAAAAAUAUGUGAAGGUCAUGCCCUUAGAAGAAGCAAUUCGAGCAAUUCAAAUAUCUGAACGGGCUCGACAGGGUCGGCUCAGGGCUACAUUCAUGAAGCAAAUCUACCUUGAAGAAAAGAGAGAGAAGCUAGCCAGACUUCAUGGUGUAAAAGGCCCAGAUCUGGAAGCUGCUGCAUUGUACAUUCAAAGGGUUUGGCGUGGACACACCCAGUGGAGGAAAACUGUUAAACUCAGAGAAGAAGAAAUGGUAUUUUUAGGAAUGACUCUUCCUCCUCACUUCCAAAGACCUAGUAUUUCAUUGGUGCGAGCCCAGAAGGUGGAUAGUUUAAGGUGUGAAAUUCAGGAGAAACAUGAGUCCGAUUACCAGAAAGCUCUAGUAAGCAUAAAGGAGCGUGUGAAAGAAAUUGAAGGCCCUGACAUCAAAGAAAGCCUCCAGGAUCAGAUCCGCCAGUGGUUCAUCGAAUGCCGGCAUGUUACAGGAAAGUUUCCUGACUACCCUGAUGAGCAAGAUGGAGGUUCAGCUGCUAUUUUUUCUGAAAAAACUCCAGAUGAGGUUGCUGCAGAACUACGUGCUAAAGAAGAAGAAGCAGAAAAAAGGAAAAAAAAGAAAAAGGGGAAAAAAGAAAAAAAAGAAAAAGAAAAAAAGAAAAAGAAAGGAAAAGAAAAAGAAGAGAAGAAACCAAAGAAGAAGAAAGAUGAGGAAGAAGAUGAAGGUUGGAAAAUGGGCCCCAGUAAUUUUCUCCCAGUAAUGGAGGAAGGAAACAACAAAUACAAAGAUAUUUGGCAAAACAGAGAUGAGCGAUGGAACUUCUCACAGGAGUAUGACCCAGAACUGAUCAAAGAGGAAAAGAGGAAAGAAGUGGAAGGAGAGAUCAGAGUGCAGGUUGAUGAGCUAAUGCGUCAGGAACUGAAGAAUCUAAAGUUAGCUGUGGACAGAGAGACAGAGAGAAAAGUGAAAAAAGGCAAAAAGGGAAAGAAAAAGAAAAAAGGAAGAAAGGGUGGAAGGAAGAAAAAGGCUAAGAAGGAGAAAGAUCUGACUCCUGACAGGACCAUUGAUUCUCUUUACAAGGAGCUGGUAGAAGAAGGGAUAUUAAUAAAAGCCAAGAAAGUGAAACUCAGCGAUUAUGUGGGAAGGGGAAGGAGAUUUGUCAAGGAACAGGAAGGGGGAAAGAUGUUGUCCUGGCCCCGUCCCCCCACCGCCUUCUAUCUGAUAGUCCUUAUACAAUACAGUCAACAUUCCAUGGGUCCUAAAAGGUUAUUGGUCAUUGUCAAGCUGUAUACAGGUGAGUACAGCUAUCUGGGGACAAUACUUCGACAGGUAGAUAUAGAACCAAUGCCCUCUCUCACGGAUGUCAGGCAGCUCAUAACUCUGUAUGGAAUAUUGCCAUUAGGUUCUCAGUCUGUGCAUGAGAAAGCGCCUCUGGUGAAAGCCUUGCUGCUGGCUGGGCCAGCUGGAGUGGGGAAAAAGAUGCUUAUCCAUGCUCUCUGCACAGAAACAGGAGCAAACCUCUUCAAUUUAUCUGCUGCUAACAUUGCUGGUAAAUACCCAGGAAAGACUGGUCUGCAACUGAUGCUUCACAUGGUGGUUAAGGUAGCCAAACAACUACAGCCUUCAGUGAUAUGGAUUGGAGACACAGAAAAAACAUUCUACAAAAAAGUACCUAAGGUUGAAAAAGAGCUGGAACCUAGACGUCUGAAAAAGCAACUUCCCAAACUUCUGAAAGCACUGAAAAUUGAAGACAGAGUCCUGAUAGUAGGAACCAGUAAACGGCCCUUUGAUGCAGACGUCAAACCCUUUUGCAAAGUAUACAAGAAAAUCAUUUUGAUUCCAAGACCAGACUAUGCUUCAAGAUUUGUUUUAUGGAAACACUUCAUUCAGCAAAAUGGAGGGUUCCUCACCAAACAAUUGAACAUCAGUUGCCUGGCACAGGUUUCCGAUGGUUACACCCAGGGACACAUAAUCUAUGCAGUUCAAUCAGUCCUGACCGAACGACGCCUGAUGCAAAUGAACAAGAAACCGCUGACAGCUGUUGAAUUCCUGACUUCACUAGCUAAGCAGGAUCCAGUAUACAAACAGGAAGAGGAAACAUUUAAGGUUUGGUAUGCAAAGACUCCUCUGGGAAAAGCACGAAUCAAGUCACUGACAGUGAGUGAAGACACUGGAAAGGGGAAAGGAAAAGACAAGGGAAAAGAUAAAGAGAAGAAGAAAGGGAAGAAGAAAAAGUAGUGAUGAUUUCUUGGGAAAGUUCUCUUAAUAUUCACCACAGUUACAAAGCCCUUCAUCAGUUGCUGUGGAGAGCAACUAUUGCAGGGUGAGGAAACUUUCUUGAAAUCUCAAGCCUCUGCUCAGUUCUCAGAACAGCCUGCAUCUAAAAGUGUCCUGUGAAUAGCAUAAAACUUCAGUGUGACAUUUAGUUCCUUCAAGGUAACAAACUAAUGACCACUGGAUUAUUACAUAGGCCACAUAUUACUAUUAUUAGGCUGCUUCUUUAACAAGUUACUUAGACCUAGCUAGGGUAUUUCAGUUCUUUAGAUUAUUAACUUAUUGGUAAUUUUCCUAAAAUUUAACUGUGUAUCUGUACUCUUCUUUUUGACCAUCUAUAGGCAUGGUACUUCCCCCAGUGAGGACAGAGCACACAAUGGGAUCCCCAUCAGGUUUAACAGAGCUAUGUUUCUCCCUUUCCUCCUCCUUGCACACACCAGUUCACCUGAGCAGUCCAGGGAAUGGGAGAGCCCAUACCCAAAUAUUCUGAAUAGGGGUAUGCAAGAAAAAAAUAGUUUUAUUAUUUCAUUUAUUUCUACCAUUAAAAGUAUUUUAAUACACA